AUGGGGGCCCAGCUGAGCGGGGGCUCCCAGUGGAGCUCUCUCGACACGAGAGAGAAAUCCCUGGCCAAGCCACUGGGUUACCCCGCACUGGACUCAGACUGCUGUGGCAAACUCAAGGAGCAGUCCAACGGAGGGCUCCAUCCGGGGGACUCCAUCGCCGACUCCAUCGACCUGUCGGGCAAGAACAAGAAGCGGCGCAACCGCACCACCUUCAGCACCUUCCAGCUGGAGGAGCUGGAGAAGGUCUUCCAGAAGACCCACUACCCAGACGUCUACGCCCGCGAGCAGCUCGCCCUGCGCACCGAGCUCACUGAGGCCAGAGUGCAGGUUUGGUUCCAGAACCGGCGGGCGAAGUGGAGAAAGCGGGAACGCUACGGGAAGAUCCAGGAGGUGCGGAAUCAUUUUGCUGCCACUUAUGAUAUCUCCCUCUUACCUCGUUCCGACACAUAUCAGAUGCAGGGUAACCUGUGGCCUGGGGGAGCAGGUACAGGAGGGGCUGGUGCGCCCGGCGCCGGGUGUGUCCUGGGACCGGACAACAUGUCGUCGUCCUGCAUGACGCCCUACUCCCAUCCCCACGGCAACCUCCCGGGCUUCAUGGGCAUGUCGGCGUCUCCCAGCCACCCGCACCACCACCACCCGCACCACCCGGGCAUCAAUGGCCUCUACUCACUGCACGGCUUUCCAGGGGGCCUAGGGGCCCACUCCUUCGAGGCCGGUCCCGAGUCUGAAUACAAGCCUUCAGGCCUGGUGGCGCUGCGCAUGAAAGCCAAGGAGCCUGGCAGCCUUCUGUCCUGGCCAACAUGA